AUGCCAUACGUGGUGGCGCUGCCGAUAGGGAUCUACUCCGCGGUCCGCCAGUACCAGUACACGUUCGGCGAUCAUUUCUUCACGGUGAUCAGCUUCCUCGGUCUGAGCAUUCCCAAUUUCCUGCUCGCCCUGGUGCUGAUCGUGAUCGGCUUCUUCGUGUUCGAUCAGGUGCCGGGCGGGUUGUUCUCGUCCGAGUACGCCGCCGCUCCCUGGAGCCUGGGCAAGGUGCUCGACCUGCUGGCGCACUAUUCGGGGUGCCUAGGUGCUGACAGUGACGAUGUAUCCCCGUCGUGUCGGAUCGCCCUCAAUCCGUUCAUCACCGGCAUCGGCUUCGCGUUUCCGGCGGUGGUCGGCGGCGAGCUGAUCGUGUCGAUCGUGCUCAACCUGCCGACUACCGGACCGGUGCUGUACGACGCGGUGACGCACCACGACGCAUUCCUGGCCGGUGCCAUGGUGAUGCUGCUCUCCACCCUGCUGGUGGUGGGCAACCUGGUGGCGGACCUGACGCUGGCGUGGGUGGACCCGCGCAUCAGGUACGAGUGA